UGGUGGGGCGCCGGGUCCAGCCUGUUGCUGAUGCUGCCGCGGGGUAUUCGUCAUGGAGCUGGCGCCGCGGAGCUCUCCGGUUCCUCUGCUGCUGCUGCUUCUGGGCCUGAGCACGGGAGCUGUCAUCGACUGGCCCGAAGAGGACGGCAAGGAAGUAUGGGAUUAUGUGACUAUCCGGAAGGAUGCCCACAUGUUCUGGUGGCUCUAUUAUGCCACCAGCCCCAGCAAGAACUUCUCAGAACUGCCCCUAGUCAUGUGGCUUCAGGGUGGUCCAGGUGGUUCCAGCACUGGAUUUGGAAACUUUGAGGAGAUUGGGCCCCUUGACAUUGAUCUCAAACCACGAAGAACUUCCUGGCUCCAGUCGGCCAGUCUCCUAUUUGUGGAUAACCCUGUGGGCACUGGGUUCAGCUACGUGAACAAGAGUGACGCAUAUGCCAAGGACCUUGCCACUGUGGCGUCAGACAUGAUGGUUCUCCUGAAGACCUUCUUCAGUAGCCACAAAGAAUUCCAGACGAUUCCAUUUUACAUUUUUUCCGAGUCCUAUGGAGGAAAAAUGGCUGCUGGCAUCAGUCUAGAACUUUAUAAGGCCAUUCAACAAGGAACCAUCCAGUGCAACUUUGCCGGGGUUGCUUUGGGUGACUCCUGGAUCUCCCCUCUUGAUUCGGUGCUCUCCUGGGGACCUUACCUGUACAGUGUGUCUCUUCUUGACAACCAAGGUCUGGCAGAGGUGUCUCAGGUUGCAGAACAAGUGCUGGAUGCUGUAAAUAAGGGACAUUACAAAGAGGCCACCCAGCUGUGGGAGAAAGCAGAAAUGGUCGUUGAAGAGAACACGGAUGGGGUGAACUUCUAUAACAUCUUAACUAAAAACACUCUCAUGUCUACAAUGAAGUCAAGCCUAGAAUUCACCCAGAGUCACCUAGUUCGUCUUUCCCAGCGUCACGUGAAAUACCUACAACUGGACGCCUUAAGUGAGCUCAUGAAUGGUCCCAUCAGAAAGAAGCUCAAAAUCAUUCCUGAGGAUUGCUCCUGGGGAGGCCAGGCUACCAAUGUCUUCCUGAACAUGGAGGAGGACUUCAUGAAGCCGGUCAUCAGCAUUGUGGACGAGUUGCUGGAAGCCGGGGUCAAUGUGACGGUGUAUAACGGACAGCUCGAUCUCAUCGUGGACACCAUGGGUCAGGAGUCCUGGCUGCGGAAACUGAAGUGGACAGAACUGCCCAAAUUCAAUCAGCUGAAGUGGAAGCCCCUGUACUGUGACCCUAAAUCUUCAGAAACGUCUGCUUUUGUCAAGUCCUACAAGAACCUGUCUUUCUACUGGAUUCUCAGAGCCGGGCACAUGGUUCCAUCCGACCAAGGGGACAUGGCUCUGAAGAUGAUGAGGCUGGUGACUCAGCAAGAAUAGGAUGGAGUGGGCUGGAGGUGAGCUGACUUGGCCUCAGGGCACAAGAGCUGAAGCCGGCACCCUGAAGCUGUAGGAAGCACCGACCUCCCCAGGAAUCCGACCUGGACUGUGAUUGUCCCUGUCAGCUUCCACACAGAACAAAAUCAUUGCCUCUGUGGCAGCUUGGAGAUCUUUUUUUUUAAUGAAUUUGUUUUCAUCAACAUGAAGGAUUGAAAUAGAUUAACAUUUUCUUAUUACAAAAGCAAAUUAUGAGGCCGGCCCCGUGGCUUAGCGGUUAAGUGCGUGUACUCUGCUC